AUGAAGGCAGAGACGGUGACGCUGAUUCUGGUGAAUCUAGCGGGAAUAAUGGAGAGAGCCGACGAAUCUCUGCUUCCAGGUGUAUACAAAGAGGUCGGCGCGGCUCUCCACACGGAUCCAACCGGGCUCGGGUCGUUGACACUGUUGCGAUCCAUGGUUCAAGCCGUCUGCUAUCCCUUGGCUGCUUACAUGGCCAUCCGACAUAACCGAGCUCACGUUAUUGCACUCGGUGCAUUUCUUUGGUCCGCCGCUACUUUCCUUGUCGCUUUCUCUUCCACUUUCUUCCAGGUGGCAGUAUCUAGAGCUCUGAAUGGCAUUGGCCUUGCCUUGGUGGCUCCAGCAAUUCAAUCUCUUGUUGCUGACUCAACGGACGAUGCUAACCGUGGCAGUGCUUUUGGAUGGCUGCAGCUAACAGCAAACCUCGGUUCGAUCUUAGGUGGGCUUUGCUCUGUUUUAAUAGCUCCAUUGACCUUCAUGGGUGUACCUGGUUGGAGAGUUGCCUUCCACAUCGUUGGUGUGAUCAGUGUCAUAGUUGGUGUGUUGGUCCGAGUUUUCGCCAAUGACCCACAUUUCGUGAAGGAUGGUGUCAAUGUUCCUAACCAGCGAAGUUCGAGUAAACCUUUUUGCUCGGAGGUGAAGGAUCUGGUCCGGGAAGCUGAUACGGUCGUAAAGAUUCGGUCUUUUCAGAUCAUUGUGGCUCAGGGAGUGACGGGGUCGUUUCCUUGGUCUGCUCUUUCUUUUGCGCCCAUGUGGUUGGAACUCAUCGGGUUCUCACACGGUAAAACUGCAUUCUUGAUGGGUCUUUUCGUGGCUGCAUCUUCUCUUGGAGGCUUGUUCGGAGGCAAAAUGGGAGAUUUUCUCUCUACUCGUCUUCCUAACUCCGGCAGAAUUAUUCUCGCGCAGAUCAGUUCAGCAUCGGCGAUCCCGCUCGCUGCAAUACUCUUGCUGGUUUUACCAGAUGACCCUUCUACAGCUGCAAUCCAUGGCCUGAUCUUAGUUCUACUGGGACUGUUUGUUUCUUGGAAUGCUCCUGCAACCAACAACCCGAUCUUUGCAGAGAUUGUUCCGGAGAAGUCACGAACGAGUGUCUACGCACUGGACAAAUCGUUUGAGUCGAUCUUGUCAUCGUUUGCUCCUCCCAUGGUUGGAAUCCUGGCGCAGCAUGUUUAUGGGUAUAAGCCAGUCCCUGAAGGAUCAUCAAGGUCAGCGGAGAUAGCCACGGAUAGAGAGAACGCAGCGUCGCUGGCGAAGGCUCUUUAUACAUCCAUUGGAAUCCCAAUGGCGGCUUGCUGUUUCAUCUAUUCAUUUCUCUACCGUACCUAUCCUCUAGACAGAGAUCGUGCUCGGAUGGAAGCUUUUAUAGAUUCCGAGAUGCGUGAACUGCUUCCGGAAAGUUCUGAUAGAGAUAUUGAGUUUUCACAAGAAGACCCUUUUGUAAACCAGGUUAAAACCAAUUUACAAAGCUAG